UUCUGUACUUUGUCAGCAGCAGCGGUCCUCCACCAUUUCGCUGCGUAAAGUCUCCUCCCCGCGACCGCUACAUUCUGCGCCGAAACCCAGUCUCUCCCGGUCCGUAUUUUAACUUCUUCACACGGACCUAGUGGUACCUCGUUGGGUACCGGGAGACAGUUUGGAUUACUGGCAUUACGGAUUGAGUGCGAUUUUACGCGGAUGACGACUUCUUCAACGAGAAUUUAGUAAAAGAAAAUUGGUCGGAAAUUUCAGAAUAUGUGGAGGGGACCCUAAUUUCAGCAUCCUGGAAGUAGAAAGCACAGAAGAUCUGUGUCUCACACCACAGACAGGUGCCGUGUGUAGCCAGGGCAGCACAGAGGAAGGAAGCUCUGGGGAGGAGGCGGCGCGGCAGCGAGCCACUCCGGCUGUGGAUGUGCUGGGUGGCAACCCCCAGGCUGCACAGAAUGUGGCUGGGGAGUCACCUCGGCAUGCCCAGCAGCCGGUCGCAGCUGCCCCCCGCCCAGUCCCUCCGUUCACCAAUCUGUCCAUUGUGCCAUUGCCGGAGAGCAACGAUUCGGCAUUCCUCGGCAUGGAGAACGUCCCUCAGGCCAAUCGGCCAAUCAGCAGCGACUUUAAGGACCGCUUCGCAGAAGAGGUCCACGCUGAGGAGAGCGCUGCCGAAGUUGUCGGAGUUUCGAGAUCCUUGCCAACAUCCCUCAAUGAGAAAUGUAGUUCCUCCGCUGAGAUGCAAAGGCUUCCAACUCCCCUUUGUCCCCCUCUCGCCCCAGAUACACAGCUUGACGGCACAGUGCAAGAGUUGCAAUACGGGUCACAAACUGAUAAAGAGAAAAGCCACUCAAUAUGUCAGACAAACCAGAUUCAGCCACGUAGAGAAGGUGCUGGACCUGUGGAUAUUACGGGGACAAAGGAGAAACAGUCCGUCUUAUUGGAAUAUAAACCAGAGACUGGAACAAACGUGGAACUUGGUGGAAAAGAGCACACGGGCGGAAAUAUUCUCCUUCAACCCAAAUCUCAAAUCUGUUUCACAGCCUCAUCUCCAUCUGUCCCACAAUCAAGUGUUGGUUUUAAAGUCCAAGACAUCACACAACACGGGGCUACGAAGCCGUCUGACAGGGACCCACUCGUCCACGCAAAUCAAAGCAGCCAUAUACCUCCGCCAGGUGCUGCGGAGCAGACCGGUGGUCACCAGGACUCAAAAUCGUCUGAGCUCCCUUUACCCUCAUCUGGCAACAGUGAGAUUAAACAAACUGACCUGUCAAAAACACAACCUAAAAUCAUCAAAGAGAGCUCAACGGAUGCCAGAGAAAUACAGAAAGCGAAUUCUUUGGAAUCAGUUGAGAUGUCCGAGCACGUUAAAGAGCUCGUUGACACCUCUCGCACAGAAAGACGACCUCCCUCAGCUGAAAUACUUGAGAUCCCAAAAGCUACGGAAUCGCAUCCCGGACUAUCCCCUUCUCCUGGAGCGGCGUGCAGCAGCACAGCUGCCAGAGAAGACCGCGAUGUCCAGAGGAGCUGCGAUCCACCCGAAGGAGAGCAGGUCGAGAGUAGCGUGAGGGGAGAACAAACUGACGCGACCGCCUCCUCCUCUGACUUCACAUUGCUGCCAGAGUGCUCUUCCGCACAGGAGAGUCACUCAAAACCCUCUGCUGCACCCCCUCUGUUUGACACGGGCUUAGUUGUCUCGCUGCCGGCGGGGCAGGUUGCAGAAGCCGAAACGUCUCGUCCCCCCGAACGAGUCCCCGCGACGGAGACGCCGCCAGCUGCCGAUCUCGCGCGCUCCGCCGAAGCUCAAGAAGUUGUGGUUGUCCGAGAGGAGGCUCACAUCAGCGGGGACUGGUCGAACAUGCGCCUGAAUCAGAGUUACCUCCUACAACGAGAAGACGGCAGCGUCUGUGAAGCUGCCGUCGUUAACGAGCUGAGUUCUGAACUCUCUACUGGGGAGCCAAAGCUGUACGAAGGAAGUGCCGAGGCAGGUAUUGAGUUAGAUUCCCAAUCCGUGGAAGUGUACGAGUUUUGCACCCUGGUUGAGGAGGUUGCUGAGGAAACGGUCUGUGCCACCAGCAGUGCACAGAUUCCUCACUCUCCAGGAUAUGAGGUGAACUUAUUCAACGCGUUGCUAGAACACUCUGAGGAGUACACUGUCAAAGAGGACAUUGAACCAUCUAUUCACACCAUUAAUGAAAGUGGCACUGUCAUCAUCUCCCAGCAGCCCUUGCCUUCAUUGAAUGAUGCGAUUCAAAUACAGGCUCGCUCCAACAGUAAUUCCCAUAAUUUGUCCAUACUGAACACCAGGGUAGCUGCUGUCGGGCAACAUUUGGUAUUCGACGCUAACCAAGCUGUUGAAGUGGCUAACUCAAGUGAGGUUUGUUUGGUCGAAGUAGCUGCUGUUACAUCGGACUCAUUCGCUGUUGAACAGAUGGACGCCAGUCCACAAAUUGGGACACCUUGCUCGCAGGUCAGCGCAGCCGUCUCGGACCAAACGACUCCCCAAAAACAGGAAGCAGAAGCCACAGCUGGUGCUCCAUCUUUCAUCUCCCCGGUGGUGACUGGUGAGGACACAGAGAUGGAAUCGUCUGUUGCUGUUUCAGGACACGUUCAGCCCACAAUAAAUCAGACUGUUGUAAGUGCCACAAAGCCAGAGGCCAACGUUUCUUCACACGAAGGGACCAAAGACGCCCCCGCUCUGGCAGAGACUCCUUCACAGAGAACCCAGACUGUUGCUAUGCCCGCAGAAACCAAUCCCGAGGCUCUCUGCGCCACUCACUCUGGUAUUAUAAAUCCAAAGCUGCUCCUUCUUAAACCGGGAGAAACUCCUUUCCUGAAAUCCCCACCCUCCCUUUUGGCAAAGGUGUCCAAGCAACAGAAUGCAACCGGCAAGCUGGCCAAUGCCCACAGCUCGUGGUCUGGCACGGUGUCUGAGGAGUGCCUUGCCCAAACCGUCCCGGAGUCUUUAUGUGCUCCUGUGGCCCUCAAAACGUCUGUGUCAGCGGCCGCUCCUGUCAAGGUACGGCAGUCCACUAUGAGCAGCAACUCACUGCAACUUGGCCAGAAUGCGUUUGUCACCCCAACAACAAGUUCAUUUGACAAAGAGGCCUUAAAUGUUACUGAAACUGUUCGCAAAGCAGGUCCUGCGUCCCAAGAUGUUGUCACCCUUACAGAUCCUACUGCGCCUUACGCCCUUUACGUGCUCUCAGCAUCAGAGGAAAGGGAAGGUGCAGUCACGGCGUCUACCGGUCUUAGUGACCCCGUCAGCCAACCGGACGCCCUCUAUGUGGAAGAAGAGAGCGAGGACAUGGAGCAGGACGAACCAACGGGAGAAACUGAGGCUCUGGAGGCCACUUCAGGCCAGGUCAGCAGUCCAGAGGAAGACAGCGAUGAAGAACCAGACGCAGACAAAGAAAGCGAGAUGACCACCCUCAGCUCUCCAGACAAGCAUGGACAGAGCAGGACAGACAGAAAGACACUGUUCCUUAAGGUACGCCAGUGGAUAGCCGACAGGGUCACCGGGAAUUCAUCUCCUGUCUCGCCCUCCACCUCAUCUUCUUACCCUGGACCCUCACCCGCCAACGAUUGGUCUACCCCACGACGGGAGAAGUCCUCACUUCUCCGGGGUCCCCAUGGGAAGUUUGUUUCUCCUUCCUCCGGCUGUGGCUACAGUCUCUCCACCUCCCCACCAGAUCAUGCCCCCCCUCAGCGUCCCCGUGGUCAAGCAGACAUGGCAGAGCUGGCUAAACAUGAAGCAGACAUCGAGCAUCGGACCCAGUCACUGAAGCGAGAGGGCUUCUGGUCAUUGAAGCGUCUCACCCGCCUGACGGAGCCGCCGAGACCGAAAGUUCACUGGGACUACCUGUGUGAGGAGAUGCAGUGGCUCUCUGCUGACUUUGCUCAAGAGCGGCGCUGGAAGAGAGGGGUGGCUAGAAAGGUGGUGCGAAUGGUGAUGCGACACCACGAGGACCUGAGGCAAAAAGAAGAAAAGGCCAAGAGAGAUGAGCACGCUAAAAUCAGAAGAGUUGCAUCUUCUAUCGCAAAGGAGGUCCGGGCUUUCUGGAGCAGUGUGGAGAAGGUGGUGCAGUACAAGCAGCAGUCCAGACUGGAGGAAAAGAGGAAGAAGGCUUUGGACCUUCAGCUGGACUUCAUUGUCGGCCAGACUGAGAAAUACUCGGACCUCCUCAGCAAGUCACUUGCACACACCAGACUUGCUGAACCUGAGCCUCAAACUGUCCCCCAGACUCCCAAAAUAUCUGUGCCACCUGCCGUUGAUGAGGAUGACAGAGACUUUGAACCUCCCUAUGAGGAGGAGGAUGAUGAGGAGACCAUAGAGGUGGAGGAGCAGCAGGAGGGCAAUGAUGCUGAGAGCCAUCAGAGGGAGAUUGAACUGCUGAAGGAGGAAGGCAUGCUGCCCCUUGACCAAUUACUCAGCACCCUCAAACGGCCUCCACAGGAGUCGGGCUCAGAUGAAGAAUGCUCCGAUGAAUCCUCUUCAUCAGUGGAAGAGGAAGAUGGUGAAUUUACUGCCAAUGAAGAGGAUGCUGAGGAUGAGGAGGACACCAUAGAUGCCCAGGAGAAGGUUGAGGGAAAUGUGGAUCACGCAGAGGAACUGGAUGACUUGGCCAAAGAAGGCGAUAUGAGUGUAGAGGAGCUUCUCGAGAAGUACAAAGGAGCAUACGCCUCAGACUUUGAGGCACCGUCUGCAUCUGGCUCUAAAGAAAGCUCUGAUUCGGAGCUGUCUGGGGAUGAGGAGGAGGAGACUGAAGAAGAUGAGAGUGAUGUGGAAAGCAACACUUCCUCCUCAGAAUCCCCAGGAGACAGCGGAGAAGACGAUGACAGCGAGAAGGAUGAAGAGGAGAGCGAGGAAGAAGACGAUGACUGUGGAGAUGAAGGGAUGGAGGUCUUGCUAAAGGAGGGGGACAACAGCCCACCUGCCUCUAGCUCACGGCCAAAGAAAGAGAUCAGCCACAUUGCUGCUACUGCAGAGAGCCUGCAGCCUAAAGGCUACACUUUGGCUACUACAAAGGUGAAGACUCCUAUUCCAUUCCUGCUUGAUGGCACGUUACGAGAAUACCAGCACAUUGGACUCGACUGGCUGGUCACCAUGUUCGAGAAAAAGCUUAAUGGCAUUCUGGCUGAUGAGAUGGGCCUGGGCAAGACCAUCCAGACCAUCGCUCUGCUGGCUCACCUCGCCUGUGAAAAAGGUAACUGGGGCCCUCACCUCAUCAUCGUUCCCACCAGUGUGAUGUUGAACUGGGAGAUGGAGCUGAAACGCUGGUGUCCUGGGUUUAAAAUCCUCACUUACUUUGGCAGCCAAAAGGAGAGAAAGCUAAAGAGACAGGGCUGGACGAAGCCGAAUGCUUUCCACGUGUGCAUCACUUCGUACAAGCUGGUGCUGCAGGAUCACCAAGCGUUCCGGCGCAAGUCUUGGCGCUACCUGAUUCUAGACGAGGCACAAAAUAUCAAGAACUUCAAGUCCCAACGCUGGCAGAGCUUGCUGAACUUCAACAGCCACCGGCGACUGCUGCUGACGGGAACCCCUCUCCAGAACAGCCUGAUGGAGCUGUGGUCCCUGAUGCACUUCCUGAUGCCCCACGUCUUCCAGUCCCACCGCGAGUUCAAAGAGUGGUUCUCCAACCCGCUGACGGGAAUGAUCGAGGGCAGUCAGGAGUACAACGAGGGCCUGGUCAAGAGGCUCCACAAGGUGCUGAGGCCGUUCCUGCUCAGGAGGAUCAAGAUUGACGUGGAGAAGCAGAUGCCCAAGAAAUACGAACACGUGGUGCGCUGUCGCCUCUCCAAGAGACAACGCUUUCUCUACGAUGACUUCAUGGCACAGGCCUCGACCCGGGAGACGCUGGCCAGCGGCCACUUCAUGUCUGUGAUAAACAUCCUAAUGCAGCUCCGCAAAGUGUGCAACCACCCCAACCUGUUCGACCCUCGACCCAUCCAGUCUCCCUUCAUCACGAAGCCCAUUGUUUUCCAUACAGCCUCCCUGGUGCAGGACGCCCUGGAGGUCUCCCCUUUAAAGCGCUGCGAUCUUUCUAUGUUUGACCUUGUGGGUUUGGAGAGCCGCGUGUCCCGGUACCAGGCAGACGUCUUCCUGCCGCGACACAAAGUCAGCCGCCAACUAAUCCAGGAGAUCAUGGACUCCCCCGAACCCCUUCCGAGACCCAGACCAGUCCGCAUGAAGGUCAACAGGACGUUCCAGCCGCCUCCUAAAAGUGAUAACCGAGCGGUCCUGCUGAUGAACAAGCCUACCUGCUCGGUACCCCCCGCAGCACAGACCCCCAAACCUCCACCAGUUACUGAAGUCCCCUCAACUCCUGCCCCUGCCCCCGUCGUUCAACAAGUGGUGUGUACGGUGUCGACCUCGGCCACUCCUCGCCCGUCCAUGCAUCUUUCAGCUCAAACUGCGGUGAGAGCCAGCGCUCCGAAGCCAGUGCUGAGCGUACGGCCUCCCGCUGCCCCGUGCACCGCCGGCGUCCCGGCUCAUCCCAGUCCAAACCCCGGCAGCGUGCUGCCCCAGAGGGUUCUGCUCAGUCCAGAUAUGCAGGCUAGGUUGCCCUCUGGUGAGGUAGUGAGCAUAGCCCAGCUUGCCUCCCUGGCAGGGCGACCUGUGUCGUCCUGCCAGGGCAGUAAACCCGUCACCUUCCAGCUUCAGGGCAACAAGCUGACUCUGUCUGGAGCCCAGAUCCACCAAGUCCCAGCAGCUUCUCCACGCCCAGUUCACGGUAAUGUGAUGCACCUGGUGUCCAGUGGGGUGCAGCACCACCUCAUCAGCCAGCCUGCCCAGCUGGCUGUCCAGAGCGCAGCCAACACACAUCCUGCAAACACCUCUACUGCCCCCCCUACGAAUCGGCUGCCGCACAAUGCCGUAGCACAAGUGCCCCCCGCCAUGGUGAGCAGCCACGGCGUUGUGAAGAUCGUUGUGCGUCAGACAGCAGGCAAGGACGGCGAGCCUGUGCCCACCCUGGCAGUGGCCCCCUCCCCUCGUGUUGCUCCUCAUACUUCCCUUUCCCCGCAACCCCACGCCAGCACCACCUCUGUCCGAAACACUGCCCCGCUGCAAAUUGUCCAGCGCACCCCUGGUCCCGCUACUGCCCACUACACCAUAGCUCCUCCCGGGACCCCUAGCUCAACCCCAAACCAGCCCCACCCCCUUCGCCCCGUCCUCACAGUAGUGCAGCCUCCUCCAUCGAGCACAGAGCAGCCAGCUCCAGUUCAGCUGGCCUCCUCGUCCUCCGCGUCAAAGGCUUCUUCUUCAUCAGCGCCACGAGACAGCAGCAGUCAAACACCCGUUACCACGAAGUCGAGGCCCAGUACAAGUGCGAAAGCUUUCCCUCCGCCCAGGAGAGUCCCUCGUCCUCCUCCUCGUUCUCCUUUCCACAUGCCAUGGCUGGCAGACUGCCAGAAACAGCAGCGCGACAGCCGACUGGACUUCAUCAUUCGAGUCAACGAGAACCACUGUGCGGCAAAGCCCAUGUACGGCCGGGAGGUUUUGAACUUUUUGACUUUUCUCCCUGGUCCCCGCCCCUCGCCAGCCGCCCCGAGCUCUAAGGGGGAGUGGGGUCGCUCGGGCCACAGCAGCUGUCUGUUCGCACAGUGGCAAAACAAAUACGACUUCUGGCUUCAGAGUCACGCCGUGAGAGAGGCCAUCCACAGCAUUGAUGACAGGCUGGAGCUGCUCAAUGAUCUGAUAGACAGGUUUACAUUUGCGAUUCCCCCAGUGGAGGCUCCUCCGAUCUCCAUGCACUGCUGCCAUCCUCCUCCCUCUGUAAGCCACAAGCAGGCAGUCUUCUCCACCCUGCUGUCAGCUCAAGUCACUCCGCUUACUCGCAGUCUCCAUCGUAUCCAGUGUUACAUGCGGACCCAGUUCCCAGACCUGAGGCUCAUACAGUAUGAUUGUGGUAAGCUGCAGACUCUCCACACUUUGCUGCGAAAGCUGAAGACAGGAGGUCACAGAGUGUUGAUCUUCACCCAGAUGACGCGUAUGUUAGAUGUGCUGGAGCAGUUCCUUAACUACCACGGACACAUCUACCUCCGUCUGGAUGGCAGCACCCGUGUGGAGCAGAGACAGUCUCUAAUGGAGCGCUUCAACGCAGACCGGCGUAUUUUCUGCUUCAUUUUAUCAACUCGCAGCGGAGGUGUCGGGGUGAACCUGACUGGGGCCGACACAGUAGUUUUCUACGACAGUGACUGGAACCCCACCAUGGAUGCUCAGGCACAGGACCGCUGCCACCGAAUCGGCCAGACCAGAGACGUCCACAUCUACAGGCUGAUCAGUGAGCGAACAGUGGAGGAGAACAUUUUAAAGAAAGCCAAUCAGAAGAGGAUGCUGGGAGAUAUGGCUAUUGAAGGAGGAAACUUUACCACUGCCUUCUUCAAACAGCAAACCAUCCGAGAGCUAUUCGAUAUGAAUGAAGGGGAGAGGAGGGAUGUGGCAGUGGAGCUAUCGGUGCCCCAACCCGAGGAGGAAGAGGCUGUCAACAAACAGAGCACCACCAUUCUGGAGCAGGCCCUGUGUCGUGCCGAGGAUGAGGAGGACAUAGUCGCAGCCUCACAGGCCAAAGCAGAGCAGGUGGCAGAACUGGCGGAGUUCAACGAGAACAUACCGCUGGAUGAUGGAGGGGAGCAAGAGGAAGUGGAGGAGCUCUCUAAGGCCGAGCAGGAAAUCGCUGCUCUGGUGGAGCAGCUCACUCCCAUUGAACGCUACGCCAUGAACUUCCUGGAAGCCUCAUUAGAAGACGUAUGCAAGGAGGAGUUGAAGCAGGCUGAGGAGCAAGUGGAGGCCGCCAGGAAGGGCCUGGACCAGGCCAAGGAAGAGGGCCUGAAGCUCCACGCUUCAUCCGACGACGAGGACGAUGACUUUUUGUCACCGCCAGCAUCUGUGGAGCCCGCUCAGCCAGCCCGCCGAGGCCGUAAACCCAAGGACAAGGACAAGGUUGUCCCCUCUACAAGGAUUAGUGGUCGGCUGCGUGGGGCUUCGCCCGAGACGGAGUCUGAGACGUCCCCGAGAGAAGUGCCUGAAAGACUCCGCUGUGGUCUGAGAGGACGAGGAUCUGCCAAAGACGCCGCGUCUACCACCCCGUCCCGCACAGACCAUCACAAAACCUCUUCAUCGACCAGGCUUCAGGAUUCCUCCAAAUCUUCGAAAGCCUCGUCUCCUGCCAGAGAUCACCAGACUAUCAAAACCAGGCCUUCCCCUCCUACCACCUCUCCCCCUGGAGGGAAACCGCAGUGCGCUGGGGAGACUGACGGCAAGACCUCCAAAGCCUGCCGAGAGGAGAAAGACGGGGAGAGUGAGAGGAGGCUGUCGGAGUCUUCGCUAGAAUCCAGCUGCCCGUUGGACCAACAGGCAAAAGAUGAGGACACCAAAGACAACAGCGCCAUGUCUCUCCCCUCCACCAGCUCCCGGUCACCGCGCAAGCGCCAGUCAGCGGACGGUGAAGUCCUGCGGGGCCUGGUUGAAGACUCUCCAUCAGCCAAAGUCCUGCGGAAGCUUCCAGGGAGGCUGGUCACGGUAGUGGAGGAGAAGGAGCCAAGGAGGAGGAGGCGGAGAGGAAGCGGCACUGGAGGUGGAGCUUCUCCAGAGGAGGCAGCCGUGGAGGAGAACGCUGCCGGAUUGGUCGACGAACCAAACAAAGACAACACCUCGCCGUUGGGCCCCGACUGUAAAACUAAAGGGGCCGUUAACAAAUCUCCUCAGGACCAAGACUCUACUCCGAGUCAGCCGGUGCACCCGCCGCCUGUCAGAAGUUAUCCUCCGUAUUCCCCACCCCAUCUUUCUCCUGACAUGCCUGUGCUGAGAAAUCUCCCUGUACGGCGCAGGCUGGAAACUGAAUCUCGCAUGGCCGCCCAGCUUGUAGAGCAACAGCAGCAACUGGGCCGAGGAAGAGGAGGGAACCAGUCCAGGAAAACUGACAUGCCACCUGGCAAAGACUCGUCCUCUACGGAGUCCAGUGUGAAUUCUCUUGUGACGCCUUUGAAAAGAAAGAGGGGCCGGCCCCCUAAGACUCCUCCUACGUUACCUGAGUCUGACAACACAGUGGCCGCUUCCCCACAGCCCACCUUGCCAGUUGAGGAGGGGAACCCCCCUCUCUCCCCAAAACGUAAGAGGGGUCGUCCUCGCAAAGACUCCACAACCACGGCAGAAACUGUGAGCGAAGGCCACAACUCUAAAAAUGAGACCACUACUGCUGGUGUAUCUGGUUUAUCAAAAACCGAUGCCAGCACAGAGUCGACUGUCUUGUCUCCCCACAAGUCGGAGACCCCUAUAGCUGCUGUUGUCACUACAAGUCGGGCCUCCCAGUCUACCAAAAAUGAGGAAACGGACACUAAGACUAAGGUUUCAGCCCCUGCUCCAAAUCCAGAAGGAGCCCCCACAACAACAACAACAACAACAACCACCGAUAAAGCUUCUACACCAACAGUCACAGCCUCAGUCAAAGCACCCACAGCACCUGCACCCCUUCCUGUGGUUGCCUCCGCAUCAGCCUUGGCCCAAUUUGUUAGUUCAGCUACAGCCCCAAGCUCAGACACAGCGUCAGCGCAGGUGUCCUCUGCAUCCUCUGUCACACUUUCUAUGUCUGCUGUUAGCCCCGUCGCCGCUCCCCCCACUUCUACAACUCCAGUGCCACCUGCCAGCGCUGUCGCACCAACUCUUGCAGACAUAAAACCGACACUCGUGGUUUCCAGUGCUCCCAAAGCUCCCGUGGAUCUGAACCAUUCAGGAUAUACAACAACAGACUCUGCCAAAACCACCACGGUUUCCACACCAGCUGCUGUCACUCCAUCGACCGUGUCGUCUUCUUCCGUGGCCGUCGGCGCAGUUCCGACGACGACUACAGAAGCUGCUAGCGUAAAAUCAAAAACAGUCAGCGUGACACCAGCAGUCACUACUACAGUAACCUCUAAAACUAUGGCUGUGGAGGACUUGCCCCAAGCUUCUGCUCUUUCAUCGACAUCUACCCCAGCUGCUGUAUCCUCCGCUCCAACUGCCACCCAGAAGGUUUCUGCUACGACAUCUACCCCAGCUGCUCUAUCCUCUGCCCCAGCUGCUGUAUCCUCUGCUCCUACUUCUCUAUCUUCCGCUCCAACUGCCACCCAGACGGUUUCUGCUAUAACAUUUACCCCAGCUACUGUAUCGGCCGCCCUAUUGAAUACUGAAUCCUCUGCCCCAGUUACUGCAUCCUGCGCCCCAUGUACUGAAUCCUCUGCCCCAGCUACUGUAUCAUCCGCCCCAGCUUGUGUAACCUCUGCUCCAGCUGCUCUGUCCUGCGCUCCAGCUGCCACCCAGACGGUUUCAGCUACAGCUACUAGCCCAGCUUCAAUUUCACCACAACCAACCUCAUCUCCCCCCUCUAAAGCAACAACUAGGACGACGACAACAACAACAGUAAAAGCAAUCCAAGCUCGUCCGGCAAACUCAACACGUCCAAGCACAGUCCCCACAGCAAGUCCAACGAUGUCUACGUCUAGCACACCAUCCGUAACAACGGUCUCCUCAUCGGCAGCAAACACAGUUCCAUCUUCUUCAGCUCAAGCAAAGACUACUGUUACAACUCCUAAAGUCCCUACCAAGCCCGUCUCAACCUCACCACCAGUUCAAGUGGCUACACAGGCACAGGAAACUGUUCCAGCUGUUUCCACGUCCUCAACAAAACCUGCUGCUACACCAACCCCAACUAGCACUCCUUCCCCAACUACAAAACCUGCCAGCGUGACCACCACAGCCGAGACAGUUACAGUAACUUCAUCUUCCCCAACAGAGAGAGCAGAGGGGGUCCCAGGACCGACCCCUGUAGCAGCAGCAGCAGCCCCUUCUUCCAAAGAACACACAACUUCAACGACUCCUGCUACGACUGCAGAAAAGACUGUCGAGAUCCCCCCACCCCCGGUAAGAACUUCCACAGGUGCCCCAGUGACCACAACUCCAUCUCCAGAAAAGUCCAUCACAGUUGCCACCACAAACGUCCCAACCACCCAAGCAUCGACUACCACGGCCACCCCUGUGUCCGUAGCAACCGUAGCAGCUACCGCAGCUGUGUCCACCACACAGGCGUCUGCGGUCGUUUCCCCGCAAGUACAAAGCUCUGCAUCCACAGAUGUUUCCCCAGAUGUGUCUUCACCAGCCCAGACAGAGGCCCUGCACCCCCUUCCCACAUCUGCAUCCUCUAGUGUUUCGUCUGAGAAACGAUCUUCAGAGCCAACAAAGAAAGUGUCUGCGCCUAAAGGUGACCCGGACAGGGUGACCGAAAUGGAAGUAGACGCAGCGGAGCCUGAAUCAAGGUCUAGCAAGGAGGAGGAUGAUAAACAGGAGGACACCUGUGAGUCUCAGCCUCACAAGGAGGACACCUGUGAGUCUCAGCCUAACAAGGAGGACACCUCUGAGUCUCAGCCUCACAAGGACACCUGUGAGUCUCAGCCUAACAAGGACACCUGUGAGUCUCAGUCUAAAAAGGAGGACACCUGUGAGUCUCAGCCUAACAAGGAGGACACCUGUGAGUCUCAGCCUAACAAGGAGGACACCUGUGAGUCUCAGCCUAACAAGGAGGACACCUGUGAGUCUCAGCCUAACAAGGACAUCUGUGAGUCUCAGCCUAACAAGGACACCUGUGAGUCUCAGCCUAAAAAGGACAUCUGCGAGGCUCAGCCUAACAAGGAGGACAUCUGUGAGUCUCAGCCUAAAAGGAGAAAGGUGGAGAGUUCCUCUGAGACCAAAGACGUUGAGUCAGGAAGGGAGAGAGCAGGCGGAGAUGCACAGCCUGCAACUGCCACUCCGAAAGAAAAACCUAAGCAACAGCCGGUUGAGCAAACAACCGAAGAUCAGAAAACGCCAAUCCAAAAAAGGCCUCUUAGUCGCCAGAGUAGCCAGGAGUCUGCUCAGUCCUCUUCGUCCUCCUCUACAUCAACAUCAACCCUCACUCGUCACGCUCACCACAAGAGGACUUACGAGAACAGGCAUCCUGCCAAGAAGAGGCGAAUGGAUGUCACCUCAGAAACUGGGAAAGAGGAGAAAACUGAAGAGGGCGGGGCGAAGGAAGGGGAAGGUGGCAAGAAGGCGCUCGCCACCGCUACGUCUCGGGGAAGGCGCUCCAGUUCUUCCUCCUCCUCAUCCUCGGACUCCGACAACGGCGAGAGCAGGAAGGAGCGCCGAUUGACUCGCUCAGCCAAGCACGGGCUACAAGAUCAGGAGAGGGAAAAGGGCAACAGCCGGCAAGGAAAGAAACCCUCGGGAAGCUCUGACAGAAAUGCAUCAAACAACGCCAACGCGUCCACGGGUGCCGAGUCUGGCAGCGACACGUCUUCUGUCAGGAUCACCAGGAAGACUGCAGGAUCUCAGCCUCCACAAGACGGCAAAGCUCAGACAAACAGCGUGGUGCCUCCUGAGCCCGAAGUUCUGGGGAAGAGGUGCUCGGCACUCAACGCGGCAGCCAAGCUCCUAGCGAUGAAAGGCCGGGUGGAUACCCCUGGCCACACCCCUCGCAAAGACUCCGGCGCUAAGGCCGCUGGGACUUCCCCUGCCUCCUCCUCUUCUUCUGACAAAAACCAAAAGCCUAAAAGCAAAAGCGUACCAGCCUCUCCACAGAGUAACUCUGUCAAUCUUACUAACAACAAAAGCACUGGCAGCAAACCCUCGACGCCCAAUCAGACGAGCCGCCCUGUGUCCCGCUCCACCAGACAGUGCCCCGGUUCUCUGGUCCCACCCCUGGAAGCGGAGUACAAGAGGUCUAAAGCGGAGGAAAAGGAGCGGGGGGGCAGGAAGUCGUCGGGGGGCAAGGAAGGCGAGGCGGAGGCGCAGUCCUCGUCCCGGGUCCACAGCGCCUGCAGCAGCGUGAGCAGCGACGGCGAGGGCGACGGGGGCGGGCGCAGCAGCCGGAGCCGCAGCAGCAGCAACAGCAGCCAGCGCACCCGCAGUGUCAGCUCCCAGAACACGGAGCGCCGAGAGUCCCGCGCCACGUCCUCCGGCAGCGAGCGGGACCGCAGCUCGGAGAGCCGAGGCAAAAGGGACCAGCAGGGCCAGCACAGGGAGAGUCGGAAGGGCCGGAGGUCUCACAGGCUCUCGCAGGAGGUGAACAGCAGCUCGGGGACCGAGGGGACGCCGGACCGAGUGCUGCGUAGCGUGGCAGCUCUCGCGGCGGUGCAGGCCAGGUCGCCGGCCGCGAGCACCCGCUCCUCUUCUGGUCAAAAUCGUCACAACAAGACAUGAUCGGAGUGCCAAAACGGAGAGAGAGGAAAAAAAAACGGAAGCGAGAGUGCGUUGCAGAGCACGAUCCGAGAGCAUGUCCUGACCUGUAAGGUUGCUGCUUUGUGUGCACUCUGAUGAAUGCAAGGGAACGGAGUGCUGCACAAGCCAGGGACCUCCCUGCCUCUUGGGCCCUCUCCCUUACCAAUUAGAGAGCUGGUCCGCUCACCAGCUCAGCCAUUGUCAGCCGGGGGAAGGCUCAGGGAUGCCGGACUGAGAGUUAAAUAAAAAAAUAAAAGUGGCGCCGUUGCUGUGCGUCAACUAGACCGAGAGGUGGUACAGUGGAUACAUUCACCACUGGGACUCGAGGGCGACAAAGGUGCAAGAGGUAAUAAAGGAAAGUUGUUAGCUCA